UUAUGGAUCUUAUUCAUAGAGCACUUAAAAAUGAGGGGCUGUGAUUAGUGGUAUUUCUCGGUUAGUUAAUUAUUAAUUAGCUCGAUCAAGAUUUGGUGACGGGCGCUUGGUCCAUUUUUGGGUGUUAUAGCAAAAUAAAUUUUGGUUUCCGUUGUCGCCCAGAUCUCCGCCAAUCGCCACCGUGCAUCACCGUCAUCGGCCACUCGUCGCCAUUCUCUUCGAUCGGCCACUCGUCGCCAUUCUCCUUCUUUGUUUUCCAGCCAUCCACAGCCUGCACGAAGUUGGAUGACCAUGCGAAGAAACAGAACGAACUACCUUGAUGGUUAGAGGUUUGCACCAUCUAAGGGAAUGGAAAAGAAAAGAGCAAAUGAUGAGUUCGAACCAGGACCUAUUCUGCCUUCACAAUCAGUCGAUAGGUUUGAAUUUAUAAAACAGGAACAGAACUCUUCAGAGGGCUUAUCUACAAGCAGGUCUGCUAAUGAACAUGAGAGAGAAGAAAGGAGGAUUAGAAAGUGGAGGAAAAUAAUAGGUGUUGGUGGGAGCGAUUGGAAGCAAUAUGUUAGAAGAAAACCUCAUGUGGUUAAAAAGCUUAUAAGAAAGGGAAUUCCUGAUUGUUUGAGAGGACUUGUUUGGCAACUGAUAUCUGGAAGUCGAGAUCUUCUGCUAAUGAAUCCAGGGGUUUAUGAGCAACUAGUGAUAUAUGAGACAUCAGCAUCAGAGUUGGAUAUAAUUCGUGACAUAUCUCGAACUUUUCCUUCUCAUGUUUUCUUUCAACAGAGGCAUGGACCAGGCCAAAGGUCCCUAUACAAUGUUCUGAAGGCAUACUCUGUGUAUGACAGGGAUGUUGGAUAUGUUCAGGGGAUGGGAUUUUUAGCUGGCUUGUUGCUUCUUUAUAUGAGCGAAGAAGAUGCAUUUUGGCUACUAGUUGCUUUGUUGAAGGGGGCUGUUCAUGCACCCAUGGAAGGCUUAUAUCUGGCUGGUUUGCCACUUGUCCAACAGUAUUUGUUUCAGUUCGAGCAAUUAGUGAAAGAACAUUCGCCAAAACUGGGACAACAUUUUUCUGAAGAAAUGAUCAAUCCAAGCAUGUAUGCAAGUCAAUGGUUCAUUACCCUUUUUUCAUACUCAUUCCCUUUCCCUUUGGCGCUUCGCAUCUGGGAUGUCUUUCUUUUUGAGGGAGUUAAAGUUGUUUUUAAAGUUGGGUUAGCUUUGUUGAAGUUCUGCCAUGAUGACUUGAUAAAACUACCUUUCGAGAAACUUAUACAUGCUUUGCGCAACUUUCCUGAGGAUGCAAUGAAUCCAGAUACACUACUGCCACUUGCCUUCUCAGUCAAGGUGUCAAAACGCCUGGAGGAGCUUCAGCAAGAAUAUGAGAAGAGAAAUGGGGGAACGUUACCCAAAGCAGGGUCUACCAAUAGGCUGCUGCAGGCCAUCAAGCAUAAAGAGCUCUCCAUCAAGCCUGAAAGGAGCAAUUGCGUACAGAAGGAUGAUCCCUCGCCUCGCAUCCUGCACUGAAAUGGAACGUAUAACAUGAAAAUAACAAUGCAAUACGCAUGGUAUGGUGGAGGCCAUUUCUUUUUUUCAUUCUUUUGUUGCACCCCCUUCCAAUGUACGUCUCUGGCAUUCUUUUAAAAAAAAAAAAAAAAAUCAAAACUCUAAGUUCCAUGA